AAACAAAAUAAUCAAUUUUUUUGCUAAUUUUAUAAAUUUUAUAAGUAUAUUCUACAUUAUAUUAAAAUAGAAGUAAUUAAUUAAUUACAUAUUAGAAUUAUGUUUUUUUUUUGAAAACAUAUUAAAAUUAUGUUGAAUUGGUAAACCAAUAUAUUUUGAAAAAAAAACUUUCUGUAAGAUAAAUAAAUAAAAUAUUAUUCACCAUUUAAAAUGACUAAAUAUCAUUCACCUUUUAAAAUGAUUAAUAUUCAUAAAUUAUGUAAUAAUUUUUAGAAAAAAUAAAAUUGUUAACAUAUUUUAAAUUUUAAUAUUUAAAACUAUAUAUCAUCUAUUUAGUUAUUUUUAAAAUGACAACAAUAUAUUAUCAUAAAUUAUUAUAUAUAAAAUAAUAUAAAAAUUUAUAUUUAUAAAUGAAAUGCUAUCCGCACAGAUGUGCAGGUUAAAAUCUAGUGACAAAUUAUAUGGACUUUUGGGUACAUUCUUACCAAUUUCUCUUUUAAAAAUAUUCAAAUGAAGUUAAAUUUCAUACCUCUCAAAAUUAAAACAUUAAUAAAUUCGAACUGAAACCGACUGAACACCGGAACGUCCAUGUUUAGUUCGCGUUUCGUUUUCUUCCUUUUAAAACCUUUCGUUUUUUAUUUGGAUUUCGAUAUCUCUCUAUAAAUAAACAAUUAGAUUUACUGACGACUCUACUCAAGAAAUUAAGAUCUGCAGAAAAGAUUCGAGCCCGUUCCAAUUAUUUAAAAUAAGAUAGAUAACUUUAAUUAUACUAUUAUAGUAAUCAUUUAAACAAAUCGAAUCUUUUCCCACGCAUUUAAAAUUUCUCAUACAAUAAACCCUCUGACUUGAGGUGAUUAAGAUCUCAAAAUUAAACCUAAGUAUCUAACCUCCGGUCUGAUGGAGCUAAUGAACUUAACAUCAAACGUGAAGCAAAUACAAGAUGAUGUAUUAAAGGAGAUACUUACACUUAAUGCUAACACAGAGUAUCUCAGAGGCUAUCUCCAUGGAAGUUCUGACAAAGAGUUAUUCAAGAAGAACGUACCGGUCGUAAGCUACGAUGAUGUUAAGCCAUAUAUCCAACGUGUCACGAGUGGAGAACCUUCGAAUGUCAUUUCUGGAAAACCCAUUACUAGAUUUCUAUUGAGGUAUUUAUUGUCCAGUUCAAGAAAAUAUCAAUUAUGCCGAAACAAAAUGUAUAUCUUUAUACUGGAACUUGCUAGUUAUAUAUAUAUAAACUCAAUUGUAAUAUGGUUGUGACAUUGUUUAUAUGUGUAGCUCUGGAACUUCUGGAGGGAAACAGAAGAUCUUCCCUGUUAACAACAAGUUCUUUGAGGACAUGGCAUUUAUCUACGCUUUACGCUCAUUCCUUAUAUCAAAGUAAGUUUUUAUCCAAAUAUAUAUGUUAUGCUUUUUUAUCCAAAUGUAUCAUUCACAACUAAUUUUUUCUUCCAAUACUACGACAAACUAUGGUAUGAAAAAUACUUUUUUACAGAAUAACAAAUAAAACUACAACAUAAAUAAAACUAAAACAUAAUGUUUAAGUUUCCUUUUUCUAAUUAGGAGUUAAAUUCCCUCUAUUAAAUAUAGUUUUUGAGUUAUAUAUUUUGAUAUGAAGUUUGUGGAAUUAUUGAAAAGAAAAAUUAAUGAUUGUAUAUUUGGAACAAAAACUUAAAAAUGUAAUUUAGAGACUUGUCCUACUUAAUUACACAUAUGUCCUUUUUAGUGUCUUUGUAAGUUUGAACACAGGAUCCAUCCAAUUGAUUCUGGUCUGUAGGCAUACUGAAGGUGACGAAAAGGGAAAGGUGGUAAUGUUGUUUUUCGCCAGAGAGCAGUCUAUAAGUCCAUGUGGUUUGCCUAUUUCUACUUCCGUUACAGGCUAUUUAUUGAGUGACAGUUUCAAGAACCGGCCUUCAAAUUGUUUUACAAGCCCUGACGAAGUGAUGUUGUGUCCAGAUCUCAAACAGACUAUGUACUGCCAUCUUCUUUGCGGUCUCCGUCAGAGAGACGAAGUUGUGGCUGUGGCUGCUAGCUUUGCUUCUUCUUUGGUUGGAGCAAUCACUUUUCUUGAGAGCUACUGGAAAGAAAUCUGUAACAAUAUCCGGUCUGGCCAUGUUAGCGAGUGGAUCACCGACCUUAGUUGCAGAGACGCUGUUACUAACAUCCUAGGAGGGGGUAAUUCCGAAUUAGCAGAUAAGAUUGAAGAAGAAUGCAAAAAAAAAUCUUGGAAAUGUAUAAUCCCACGUCUUUGGCCUAAUGUGAAAUUCAUCCAAAGCAUUGUUACAGGACAAAAUUCUCAAUACAUUCCAAUGUUAGAGUUUUACUCCAACAAAGUGCAUUUGUUCUCCCCCGCAUACGGAUCUUCUGAAACAAUGUUUGGGGUGAAUGUGAAUCCCUUAUGCAAACCAGAAGAUGUAUCAUAUACUUUUAUGCCCAACAUAUCCUACUUUGAGUUCAUACUUGCUGACAAAGGAAAUGAAGGUGAAAUUGUUGAUCUUGUGAAUGUCGAGAUUGGGUCCUACUACGAGCCAUUGAUCACAAACUAUUACGGUUUACACAGAUAUAGAAUGGGAGAUAUUCUACAAGUGACUGGAUUUUACAAUAAUGCACCUCAAUUUAGGUUCGUAGGCAGAAAAAAAUUGGUUCUAAGCGUCAACUUGGAAGUCACAACUGAAGAAGACAUUUUAAAGGCGUUGAAUAAUGCAACACUCGUUCUUCAACGUUCAGAUUUACUAUUGAUGGGAUUCACAUCCUAUGCUGAUAUCUCCACUCUUCCGGGUCACUACAUUUUUUACUGGGAACUCAAAGCCAAAAACAUCAGUGACAUUGUUAAACCUGAUAACAAAGUAUUGGUGGAAUGUUGUUGUGUAAUGGAGGAAUCAUUAAGUGCUCUUUAUCGGGAGAUAAGGAGUAAAGAUGGAUCAAUUGGACCUCUAGAGAUCAGGAUUGUGCAGCAAGGAACAUUUAAUUCUCUGAUGGAGUUUUCCAUCUCUCAAGGUGCUUCGCCAUCUCAGUACAAGACUCCUAUGUGCAUCAAGUCUUCUGAAGCCUUAGUGGUUCUUGAUAAUAAUGUUCUUGCUCGCUUUUUCAGUGAUAAGUCCCCUCCUUUCUGAUCAGAUAUGGUCUACUGGGAUUAUGAUAACCCGUGGAAACAAUUAGAUCAUAUGGCUGAGAAUAAUGAAGGGACAAAGUUGUUCGGUGAGCUAGAUUGGGUUUUGUGGAAGUGUGGUUUGUGAAUUUAAAUCUUUUUUUUUCUUGACGUCGUAAUUUUAUAUCUUUAUGUGUAUUUUGGGUAAAAGUCAAUUACAGUAAAAAAAAAACUCUAUAAAGUAAUAAUGUUAAGACUAUGGUAUUUUAUUUAUUAUGGAGUUAUUAAUUAACAAAAAUUUCUCUUUUUAGAUUUUUUUAUUUAAUAAAAUAAGAAAAUAGUUGAUUUUACCAUAUAUACAUUAAUUAAAUCUUAGAAAUUAGACUUUCAUAUUGUUUUAUUAUAUUAUUUAUUCUAUAUCUUUAUGUUUCGUAGAAUUCAAAUGUAGUUUUAGAUAUAAUUUUACUAAAUAUUAUCAAAAUAUAUUGAUUUUUUUUAAUUAGUGAUAAUUUUACUGUGAAUAUAAACCAACAAUAUAGUAUUUAGUUUAUAUUUAUCUAAAAUGCAUAUUUAGAUAGAUUAUUGAUUUAUGAUUUUAAUGAGAUCAUAUAUUUACAUUGAUUUUUUUAUAAAAAAAUAUUAUCUUAUUAUUUUAGCAUUUGUGUCAUAUUAUGAAUUGGUAUGACUCAGACCAGAAAAUUUAUUAAUUUAUAGUAUUUUUUAAUUUACUAAAUAUUAAUUUAUAUAAUUUCUACAGUAUUAAGUGUGGUCCAACACUGGUCCAGUUGACAAAAAAAAGAUUUUGAUAUUUCAUAAAUUAACCAAUUUAACCGAAGUUUACCCGCCCAACCAACCAAAUAAAUCAAAACUGACCGAUUAAUUUGAAACUGAACCAAAAUCACACGUAUAGAUAAAGUUCGGUAACAAAUUUCAAAUUGCAAAGUAACCAAAAUCAACCAUUCUUUUUAAGGCUUGACAAUACCCGAAGAAUCGAACCGAACCUGACUCAAAAGAGUUGAACCUAACCCGAAUCAAAGUCAAUAAAAUAUCUGAACAGAUCUAAAAUUUUGGUAUCUUAAGAAUCAGAUCCGGAUCCAAACCAUAAAAAAAUAUUUUCCACACUAAAAAUAUUUGAACUACAAUUAUACAUUUAAAUAUAUUAAUUAUCUCUUAACAUCCAAAAAAUACUUGAAAACUU